AUGGAUGACCGAACCAAUCUGGUGAGGCAGCUCCUCAACCAAAUAAACUUGGUUCAAAACCUUGGCCUUGGACAGCCGGGUGAAGAGAGAAGGAUGGAUGAACGCCCCGAUCGGCAGCUCGAUGGGUACCAAGUUGGUCGAGCAAGAGUAAACAGACAAGGAGAUGGACAACAACGUGAUCAGCUUCCCAGCAUGUCACAAGCACUAGCAAGCCACACACAAAGCAACGUGCGAGAAAGGCUCGGCCCAUGA